CCCGCUGUGCGUGUGACGUGUAGGACCUCCUCCUCCAACACACAAGCAGCAGUAAUGGCGGACUACGACAACUACGAUGAACGGGACCGGGCCUACGGCAGCUUCGGCGGCGGCAGAGGGCCCCGUGGCGGCAGCGGUCCCGGAGGCCCCAGGAAGCAGAAGGAGCUGCCGACAGAGCCUCCGUUCACGGCGUACGUGGGAAACCUGCCGUUCAACACGGUGCAGGGAGACAUCGACAUCAUCUUCAAAGAGCUCAACAUCCGCAGCGUCCGAUUGGUCAGAGACAAAGAGACAGACAAGUUCAAAGGUUUUUGUUAUGUUGAAUUUGACGAUUUGGAAUCUCUAAAAGAAGCUUUGACAUACGACGGCGCCUUAUUAGGUGAAAGGUCACUGAGGGUGGACAUCGCAGAGGGACGAAGGCAAGAACGAGGAGGCGGCGGCUUCGGCUUCAGGAAAGACGACGGUAGAGGACGAGGAGGCUCUCGAGGCGCUCCCAGAGGAGGAGGAGGAGGACGCGACUCCCGUGAGGACUUCUACGACCAGCCAGGAGGAGGUUUUAGAGAUGAUGACUACAUGGGGGGGCGGAGUCGAGGCGGUGGCAGUCGCCCUAGUGACAGAAGGGGUGGAGGUGCAGGGAUGGGUCGCUACAGAGAUGGACCCCCACGCGGAGGAACGACAGACUUCAGGGAACCGUCUGAAGAGGAGCGCGCACAGCGGCCUCGGCUGCAGCUGAAGCCUCGGACCGUCUCUGAGCCGCUCAACCAGGUUGCCAACCCCAACUCCGCCAUCUUCGGCGGAGCAAAGCCGCGAGAGGAGGUGAUAUCAAAAGAAAAACCAUAAGAGACUGAAGGCCGCACGGCCAUAGGGAGGGAGGGGGGCGGGGGGAGAAGGAGGUUAGGGGGCGAGAGCGAACUUUAACCAAGAAACGCCAAACGGGGUGAUUUAGACGCCACAGUUAGUCCUUCCUGGCAGACAGCCAGCUAGCGAGCGAGUGAGCGGACGCCGCCCUCCUCCUCUUCUUCUUCUUCUUAUUCUUCCUGUUUGAGUUCAGUUUGAGCAGAAUAUUUAUUCUUAGUGGGAAUAAAGACGAAUCGCACUCUGACACUCUGAUCAGUAAUAAACCUGUAAACACAACACGGCGAGCAGCUCGUCAAUGCAUGUUCCGUCUUUGGGUUUCUCUGCCCCGCCCCCUCUCCGCCACCUCUGCUUUCUGUGAUGUCAUACCCGCUUUGUCCUGUAGCCCCGCCCCAUCUUCUUCUGGGUCAACGGUUGCCCACAUUUACUCCAACAGAAAGAAGCUCGGAGGUUAAACCUGUAAAGUCUUUUAGUGUUUCUUUUUUGUAUUUUAUAGUUGUUGAACUACAGCCCUGCCCCCUCACUCUGAUUGGUUGAAAAUGUCCCCCACUUUAGUUGUUUUUUUUAAUCUUUGGUGUCUUUUGUUGGUUUAGUUAGUUGGUUAGUUGGUCCUGGGUGGGUGGGGUUUAAUGCCUGGCUCUCGGCAAGCUCCGCCCACUCAGGUGUCUACAGCAGACCCACUUGAUGAAAUAAGUAAACUACUAAAAAGCUUUAGACUUCUGUUCCCAUGAUGCUCUGCUAGCAGAGACAGGUGCUGCAUUCACUGUCUGCAGAAUUUUACAUGAAAAAUCAAAAAACGGUGCAUUCAGGUGCAGGAGACGGCUCCUCGGGAAUCAUUAAAUCCUACUAGUUUUCCUGAUUUAUGACUGUGGAAGAACAGACCCUGAAUGCAGCACAGUUUGAAAAGGCUCCUCUGAUUGGCUGUGUUCUGUCGGGUUUGCAGCGAUGUGGCAGUGUCCUGUCCAAUCAGCUUUAACAAUGCCUCCCACACUGAACACACAGAAGGGAAUCUUUUCUGAUUGGUCUGUUGAUCCACACUGAAAACUUUUAUAUAUAUUUUUUUAAUUUAAUUGUAUCUAUUUUUUUUUUUUUUUUAGCUCUUCCCGUUUGAUUUUUAACUUUUCCUGAAACAUUAGCUCUGAGUCACCGUUCGCCUUAUUAUGAGUUGAAUGAUUAUGAACUGUUCUCUCAGGAACGGCUUCAUAUUUUUGUAGGAAAAAAAAUCUACCAGCUUUUAUUUAAUGUUGGUGAAAAUUUUAAGGAAAUGUUGUAAGAGAAGUUUGACCACCAACAGCAACGACAGCAGAAAUAAGUGAAGACAUUGAGCCCGGUCUCUAUUGAUUCUGUCUCCGUUUGUUCGAUUCACAGGUUUUUUUUACAGGCUCAUUGAGACUAAAUGUGUAGGCGUGUUCUCGAGCUUCAUAAACUAUAUGUGCAGAACUGUUACUGCUUUAACGCCGUCAGGCGGCCCCAUGUGCUCUGAUGUUUCCUGUUCAGGCCCACCACACUCCAAAAUCUGUGAGAAGCCUCCAUUAGUCUCUGUACUUUGUAAAAGAUGAUAUCAGAGCUUUGACUGCGCUGUCUUACUUGCACUGAGCGAGGUUAAAUCACUGACGGCAGCUAAAGCAGUGAAAACGUUCUGGACUGUAAACGGUCCCUCGAAUCCAGGAAGACGAUUUUCAUUCAUAAAAAACAGGGAGGACAAAAAAGUUCAAAGUGUUUUUCUUAACUUUUAUUUUUCCCUUCCUUUGCUCCCCUUUUUCAUCUCUUCCCUCUUUUUUUCUCCUUCCAUCUGUCUUUGAUUACAGCACUGAGUCAUUUAAAGCCGCCACCACAGAUCCCAACCAGACGGUGGCGCUAGCACGCCGCAUUGCCGACAGAACAGAAGAAACCGAAAGCUUUUUUUUCUUUUUUUCUUUUUUUGUGCUGUUUGGUGGUUUCAGUGUGGGUCAGACGCCAGCGUCCACCGAUAAAUUGUUGUAAAGUUGAUUGUGUACAAUAAAGAUGGGGCUUUGGUCUGGAACCUGUAACUUCUGUGUGUUUCUCUGUGGCCCGACAGGAAACUGGCUGUAAACCCGGCCCAGGUGAAAGCUUUCAGGUGUGGGUCUGCGUCGCUUUGACAUCAUGUGUGUUUUUUUUUGUUUUUCUUGGAGGUAAAAUGCAGAAACAUUUCUGAAUAAACAACUGUUAGAACUUUCCUUUCCUUGAGUUUAUGGCAAUAAAACUGUCUUCAUCUUCAUCCUCAUACCAACCCGAAUGUGUUUAAUUUCAGGGUGGGGGAGGCGGGAGAUUGAUUCCUCAUUACAUUUUUAUUUUUCUUCCAAAUGAAAGAAGAAUAAAGAAUAAAGCUCG